AUUCUCUGUUAUGGCCUCAUAUUAUUCACUGUGAUCCCUUGUAUAGUCCAUCUUAUUCUCGAAGAUGAAACUAUUGACAUAAAGCUGAGGACGUUCGGUCCUCUCAGUCACUGGUUUAUUGGUGGCAUCAACUACACCAAUUUACUGCUGCGAAGCAGAGACAUUCAGUAUUGCAUCCGUCAUAUGCAAACUGACUGGAAAGCAGUAAGAAGACCAGAAGAUUUAAGUGUGAUGAUGAAAUACGCCAAAAUCGGGCGUUUCGUCGCUGUUUUUUGCGCUGCUUUCAUGCAAAGUGGCGUCCUGAUGUACUGCAUAGCGACACCGUUCAUCACGCAGACCAUCAUUGUCAGAAAUCAAACGAAAAUCAUUCGUGCGUUACCCUGUACUGUGUAUAAAAAUUUAAUUCCAGUUCAUACUAGUCCGACGUACGAAAUAGUUCUCGCUACGCAAUUUCUGUCUGGAUUUAUCGUGAAUUCGAGCGCUGUUGGCGCUAUUGGCAUCGGUGCCGUGUUCGCGGCUCACGCGUGUGGCCAAUUGACCAUUUUGAUGACAUCGAUCAACGAAUUUGUAAAUCGGCCGAAAGAUCAGAAGAACAACGAUGGGUUUAACAAUAUGGGUGAGAUCAUCGAGGGUCAUCUCAAAGUGCUGAGUUUUAUGGCAGAUAUCGAGAAUGUGAUGACUGAAUUCUGCUUCUUGGAACUAUUGAAAAGCAAACUUGACAUAUCCAUGCUUGGAUACUAUAUCAUCACAGUAUGUAGAGAUGAAAGAUGUAGAUGUCGUGUGUCUGUGUUCCUUGUGCGUUUCUAUAAUUUAAUUCAAUAUUGAGGCUUACCAAGUUGGAGUCUUUUACUCUAUCAUUUCUUAUUUUAUUCCAAAUAAUUUGUAUCUGUGUAGUAUCAGCAUAAUUGAAAUAUUUUUCCAAUUUAAAAUUUCCCAUUUAAAAUGAUAUUACUAUUCUAGUUCUUCCUCAGAUUCUACAAUCCAGAUGGUAUAAAGAAAAUUCAUUCAACUAACAUCGAUAAUUUUUUCCAGGACUGGGCCAACGGUAAUAUUCGAAGCGCAGUCACCUACUUCAUAAUAAUGGUGUCCAUG